GUCAGGUAGACAUGAUAUCAACCGCAUAAACUAAUAGUGUAUCCCAGUGAGGGAAAGAUAUGGCGCCUCUUUCGUCUUUGCACUGUCCUCAACUCUCCCACUUCUUCACCGCACUGUCAUCCCAAAAAGGUUUAAAAAAAUACAAGAAACUACAACUCAUUUGCUGCGGGAACAACGAAGUAGAUCAAAAUUUAUGUUUUGUAAUUCGGGAUCAAUUCAGAAUUAAAAGGAGAGAGGCAUUGAUUCAGACGGCCUUUACUGGAUUGUCUUUUCCUGCAAUUGUUUCCGUUGCAUUGGCAGAUGAAGAUGUAGCAGAUGAUUUUCGCGUUUACUUGGACGAUGUCAACAAGUUCAAAAUAAUAAUUCCCCGAGAUUGGCAAGUUGGUGCAGGAGAAUCUAAUGGAAUCAAAUCGGUAACUGCAUUUUUCCCAGGCGAAUCUUCUAGUUCAAAUGUCAGCAUAGUCAUCACGGGGCUUGGUGCAGAUUUUACUAGAUUGGAAUCUUUUGGCAAAGUUGAUGCUUUUGCCGAUACUCUGGUUAGUGGACUGGAUAGAAGCUGGCAAAGACCUCCGGGUGUGGCAGCAAAACUGAUAGACUGUAAAGCUGCCAAUGGGUUGUACUACAUUGAGUACACAUUGCAAAAACCCGGUGAAAGUCGCAGACAUUUAUUUUCAGUGCUUGGAAUGGCAAACAAUGGUUGGUACAACAGACUAUAUACAGUCACUGGACAGUUUGUUGAGGAGGAUUUAGAGAAAUACAGUUCCCAAAUUGAGAAGGCUGUUGCCUCUUUCCGGCUAAUCUGACGUAAUGGCGUAUGUUCUUGGAGUUCUGAUUCACUAGCUUGGAAUCUUAUUAGCCUUGUAUUGCCGCGAUGAUUGAAAGAAAGAAAGGUGAUCUCUGGGGCAGCUUCAGUUUGGAGGUGCAUACAUGAAGGACAGAGAGAGUUGCAAUGGGUUUUUUUUUUUGGUGCUCAGGUAUGCUUAUAGCCAAUGUGCUUCCUCUAGAUCAACCAGCAACCUACAAUAGUUGAAUGUCUUAUUGUUGAUAUCAUUUCAAUACUAAUCCAAUCUUUUAUUGCCUUGAUUGUUUGCUUGAUUGGAGCACCAAAAUUUAGUUCAAAAGUUGUAAUAUUAAGUUGGUGAUAGUUCUUUCACCGAAUAUUUUUUGGCUUGUACAUCGUUCAAGGUUUUGAAUCUCGAAUUCUUAAUAAAUCAUUUUAACAGAUCUUUACUUCA